AUGGUCCUGGUGCACGUCGGCUACCUGGUGCUGCCCGUCUUCGGCUCCGUGCGCAACAGAGGUGCUCCUUUUCAAAGGUCUCAGCAUCCCCAUGCUACCUCCUGCCGGCACUUCCACCUGGGUCCCCAGCCUCAGCUCUCCGCCGACUUCACCCUGCCUCACGCGGUGCAGCCCCAGCCGGGGCUGACCCCCCACAUGGCCCCUGCGCACCAGCACAGCGGCCCCCUGCACCAGCCCCUGGCGCCGGUGCCAGCCCUGCCCUUCCAGGACGUGGCCGGACCCUCCUUCCUACCUCAGGCGCUACACCAGCAAUACCUCCUCCAGCAGCAGCUCCUCGAGGCACAGCACCGCCGGCUCAUGCCCCAUCCCAGGCGGGCUCAAGAGCGCAUGUCUGUUCAGCCUCACCGUCUGCACCCCAGCUUUGACUUCAGCCACCAAUUGCAAACUCCACAACCCAUGGGGCCCCAGCCCAGGUAUUUAGCCGAAGGCACGGACUGGGACCUCAGUGUCGAUGCAGGACUGACUCACGCCCAGUUCCAGGUCCGGCCGGUCCCUCAGCCCUAUCAGCAUUACUUAGCUACACCUCGGAUGCACCAUUUCCCCAGAAGCACAUCCUCGACACAGAUGGUUGUUCACGAAAUCAGAAAUUACCCUUAUCCUCAGCUUCAGUUACUUGCUCUUCAGGGGCUGAACCCAAGCAGGCACACGUCCGCUGUGCGAGAGAGCUAUGAAGAGCUGCUGCAGCUGGAGGACAGGCUGGGCAGCGUGAGCCGGGGCGCCGUCCAGAACACCAUCGAGAGGUUCACUUUCCCCCACAAGUACAAGAAGAGAAGACCUCAGGAGGGCAAAGCGGAGCAAGAUGAUGGAGAGGAGUCAGACACCGACGAGAAAUGCACAAUCUGUCUGUCCAUGCUUGAAGAUGGAGAAGACGUCAGGCGGUUGCCCUGUAUGCAUCUCUUCCACCAAGUGUGCGUGGACCAGUGGCUGGCCACCAGCAAGAAGUGCCCGAUCUGCAGGGUGGACAUUGAAACACAGCUCGGCUCGGACAGCUGA